AUGUUCCCGUGCCGGCCGCUGGUGUCCCCACCGCUGCCGCAGGCCCUCGCCGCCGAGGCGCCCGUCUCUGUGCGGCGGUUGCGCGUGGUGCGGUGCAUGGCCAAGGAGCGGCGGGUGCGGAUGGUGGCGAAGAAGAUCCAGCGGGAGCUGGCGGACAUGCUGACCCGCGACCCCGUCAUGCAGCGCGCCGUCCUCCCCGAGGCCGCCCUCGGCGCCAACCGCUACCUCUCCUCCCCCACCACCAUCACCGACGUCGAGCUCUCCAACGACCUCCAGGUGUGCAAGGUGUGUGUGUUCGUGUUCGGGGACGAGAGGGGGAAGAAGGUGGCCAUGGCCGGGCUCAAGGACAAGACCAAGUACCUCCAGGUCAUGCCCGAGCUCUCCAACGACCUCCAGCUGAGGAACCUCCUGUGGGCUACUUCCAAGCAUGAUGUGUACGUGAUGCAGAACUAUUCUGUGAGGCAUUGGUCGUCCUUACUCCGGAGAGGAAAAGAAGUGCUCAACGUGGCAGGCCCAAAUCAGGAUAUGCAGGGAGGUCGGCCCUUGUCCAGGGUGAAGAUCAGCACCAUGACGGUGAAAGACAACCUCCUGGCGGCUGGUGGUUUCCAUGGGGAGUUGAUCUGCAAUGUAAGGAGGCUGGAGUAG